AUGGGAGACAAAAAGCAUGAUGCAGCACAUCCAACCGCAGACGAGGACCAUAAUGGUUAUAUAAUCAGACCAGACACAUUUGAUAGGUUUAAACCGACAAUUGCCAAAAAUUUAAUACUUGAACUUCUCAAAGCUAAGCUUGAUGGUUUAAAAUACGACUACGAAUUAUUUCCAGGUAUAUUAUCACUCGCCGAUUCCAUCCGUGAGGAGAUGAAAGAAAAAUUAAAGCUUAACAGAUAUAAAUUCAUUGUUCAAGUAACCCUUGGAGAACAAAAGGGACAAGGUGUAAAAGCUUCCUGCCGGUGUUAUUGGGAUGCAGACGCAGACAACUAUGCAGAAGUGACAUACUUCAACGAAAGACUGUUUUGUGUUGCUGUUGCAUUUGGAAUUUAUAAUUACUAA